AUGGAAUAUGAUCAGCAACAUCAGCAGCCGAACGCUAAUGAGUAUCAAUUGGACAGUUUAGAGCCAAAUAGCUCACUUAUGUCAGCUUUUGUGCCUUCUAGCAAUAACAGCGCAGGUCCACAGCGGCGGCGCAGGUCUACGCAGGGGAUUUAUCAUCAUCCAUACGUAAACACGGGGACUAACAUUGGCGGAAAUGGGAUGAACAAACAGUCAAGGAAGGCAUCAACUUCUUCACAAUCUGAGAAUGCUAAUAGUACCCGUCAGACGGACAACACGCCAUUUAAGUCAUACCUUGAACCAGUGCACGAUGAGGAGAAUAGGCUGUGUUGGUUGAGAUGUACUUUUUGCAAGGUAUUUCCAGAACGUGGUGGUGCAAACGCGCAUUCAACUACACCUGAUAGGAUUAGAAAGCACUUACCAGCCUGUAAAGGCCAUGUUCCAGAGGAAGUACGAUCAGCGGCCGCUCAUGGUAUCAGAACGGGAUCAAGUGCAGAUUUAACUCUCAAGGAGACAACAAAUCAGGCGUUCACUCAACCACAAGCUCAGACACCCAAACGAGAGGAAACUAAACAAAGGAGAAAGAGCAGAUUUUCAACGACUUCAGCAUCCACUACAACGACGACCACACCAACAUUGGAUAAUAUUAGCACUUCCAAUCAAGCUAAUAGUACUAAUCUUGCUAAUGGCAUCGCACUCGAUCAGCUACACGUCCUUAAGUCAAGACUGGACUUGAUUGAAGUACGUACACCAAAAGAGAUGACAGCCCUCAAGCAGGAAAUCCUAAGUAUACAUAGAGAUAUGAAAAGUUUGAAUGGAAAAGUAGAACAAUUGUUGGGAUACAUGGUUAUGAAUAGUCAUUUCCAACAAGCACAAUCCAAUACACCAAGGCAAUCACCUAUGUUGUCUCAAUUUCCGAUGAAUAAUACCCAAGAAGUUUCACCAACUCACGUGCAAGAUAGGAUUCAAGUCGUUAGAUUGGCUAAUGAUGAAGAUUCACCUACACCACCGGAGAGUGAACAACCUAGACAGAUGCCAAACACACAGCAAAGUAAUAAUCAACCGCAAUUUCGCGACAAUUGGUUUGCAGAGUCAAACAAUCUCGUUGAUGUCCAGUAAUUAUGCAAAAUGUUUACAGAUACUAUACCCAACUUCAAUACACAUAAUACAACUACUUAGUAACGCG